ACUUUGGGAUUUUAGCCUUUACACACCUUUUACAUGCACUAAAACCUGUAUAACAAACUACAGGAAAAGGAAACUCCUAAAAGCAUAAUAGUGACUCUUUAUUUCACCACUGACUUCAUCUGACAGAAUCAUAAAGGAGCUGCUCAGCAUGGUUUUUACCAGGGUGUCCUCACUUCCUGUUUGCUGAGGCAAAGUCUACAGUUGCCCUUUGUGAUUGGUGGAUGAGUUUGUUCUGGGCUUUAAUGGCUCAGUUAAAGUGAUUGGCAGGUUAAACAACCAAUCAGAGGUGCUCAAUCAUGUCUGCUGACUCACAAACUCCUCCCACACCAACAUCGUGGUAAAGAGUACAAAAUCUGUGUUCUCACCUGAAGCGCUCCUUUUUAUCUGGCCCUCCUGUCACACACACACACACAUACGCACACAUACACACACAUACAGAGGGAGAGGUUUUAUACACACACACACUCACUUGUUAAAGUCAUGUCAAAAAAACUCACUCAAAAUCCUCUGGAGAAGACCUGGGGGCCAUGGAUGAAAAGCAGGCUGAGCCAACGCAGAGGCUCCUCGGUGCCGCAGUUCACCAACUCCCCCACCAUGAUAGUGAUGGUGGGACUCCCGGCCAGAGGAAAGACCUACAUAGCUAAAAAACUCACCAGAUACCUGAACUGGAUCGGAGUUACAACGAAAGUGUUUAAUGUGGGUCAGUACAGAAGAGAUGCGACGCGCUCCUACAACAGCUUCGAGUUCUUCAGACCGGACAACGAGGAGGCCAUGAAGAUACGCAAGUCCUGUGCCAACGCUGCUCUGAAAGACGUCUGUGAUUACUUCACCAGAGGGCUGGGGCAGAUCGUGGUUUUUGAUGCCACCAACACGACGCUGGAGCGCAGAGAGGUCAUCCUCGGCUUCGCUCAGGAGAACGGUUACAAGGUCUUCUUUGUGGAGUCAAUAUGUGACGAUCUAGAAAUCAUCGCUCAGAAUAUUAAACAAGUGAAGCUGAGCAGUCCGGACUACAAAGACUGUGACAAAGAGGAGGCUGUGGCCGACUUCCUGAAGAGGAUCGAGUGUUACAAGAUGACCUACAUCCCGCUGGACGACAACAAGGACAGGAACUUGUCCUACAUCAAGAUCUUCAACGUGGGCAGCCGGUACCUGGUGAACCGGGUCCAGGACCACAUCCAGAGCCGCAUCGUGUAUUACCUCAUGAACAUCCACGUCACCCCGAGGUCCAUCUACCUGAGCCGCCACGGAGAGAGCGAGCUGAACCUGUCAGGUCGCAUCGGGGGGGACUCCGGGCUGUCGCCUGGCGGGGCAAAGUUUGCCAGCGCUCUGGGGACCUACAUGCGCGGUCAGUGCAUCAGCGACUUGAAGGUGUGGACGAGUCACAUGAAGAGGACCAUCCAGACCGCCGAGGCUCUGGGGGUCCCGUACGAGCAGUGGAAGGCCCUCAACGAGAUAGACGCUGGUGUGUGUGAGGACAUGACGUAUGAAGAAAUUCAGGAGCAUUACCCAGAGGAGUUUGCACUGAGGGACCAAGACAAGUACCGCUACCGCUACCCUAAAGGAGAGUCGUACGAGGACCUGGUGCAGCGUCUGGAGCCGGUCAUCAUGGAGCUGGAGCGGCAGGAGAACGUUCUGGUCAUCUGUCACCAGGCCGUCAUGAGAUGUCUGCUCGCCUACUUCCUGAACAAGACUGCUCACGAGCUGCCCUACCUGAAGUGUCCUCUGCACACGGUGCUCAAACUCACACCUGUCGCCUACGGUUGUAAAGUGGAGUCUGUUUUUCUAAACGUUGAAGCUGUCAACACACACAGAGACAAACCAGUGAACGUGGACGUGGACAGAGAGCCGGCGGAGGCUUUGGAGACGGUCCCGGAUCACAUCUAGAGGACGACACGGGGAAACUGGUUUCAUUUCUAUCCACCUUAAUGGAAAGUGGCCUUUUUUAAUUUAAGUAAUACUAGUGUUCAUUGUUACCUGGGUAAUUGUUGAAAUGUAAAAUCAUUGUGACAUGUGAAAUGAGACAUUUCUCCUAUGGCAGCCUAUUUCCAUUGGAAAGCCCUUUAUAAUGCAGGGCUCAGACGUCUGGUAUGAAGAAGUGGAGACUUCCUUUACUGUGAAAGUGAACUACUGCGGGUCAGGUGACCAGGAUCUCUGUUUGGAUAUUCGUGAACAUGCAUGUCUGUGUCUUCUUCUCCUCCUCCCUACUUGUAAUAAUACAUCAGGCAACUUUAAAUCACCCAGUCACCUCUUCAUGUCCAUCUGACCACUUCACAUCAUGUUAUCUUGUGUCUCACAGAGGCACAUCAUAUGAGAAUCCAAACGACUGGUGAGCAGCAGUUCUUUUAACACACAGUGGUGCAAACAGGAAGUAGGGGUUUGGUAACAAUGUAAAAUAAUACUUUAAAGAUAAAUAUGUGGAAGUAGUUCAACAUUUUGAUAAAUUAACUUAUUCACUUUCUUGCUUGGAGUUAAAGGAGAUAUACCACUCUCAUAUCUGUGCACUAAAUCUGAAGUCAAGGAAACAGUUAGCUUAGCUUAGCAAUGUUAUCACAAAGCCUGGCAAUCUCACAGCGAGGAUACUCAACAGUAUAGUGUUCAAUAUUAGUAUUCAGUUUCAGUCUGUGAUUAGGGAGAUUGUAUCACAUUUAUUGACACACAAAUUAAAUGAUGUGUAUCCUUACGGUCAUGUUAACCUUAUUUGUAUGCUGGCCGAGCCUCAUAUUUAACAUACAAAAAUAAGAGGGGGUGUCGUCAUCUAAUCUAACUCUUGGCAAGAAAGUGAACAAGUCCAAACUAUUCCUUAAACUAGGAUUGGCUUGUUUAUCGGAGUCAUUUCGUAUCCCGUCUAAAUCCACAAAAGGUGCAGAUCCCACUGGUAAUUAUAACCAGGGUGUGGUGUUCGUGUCACAGUGGAAAGAUAAUUUGUCACAGUGUUCUGGUUUAAUAUAAUUAGAAAGUCAAUUUAAAGGGACAUUUGGCACUUUAACUGCCCAAAUACCAUGAUGUGCCUCACAUGAGUUAAACAUGAUUAUUCUAUGCACCCUCACUGCACACACACACUGGAGGCAGAGGCACAGUGUGUGUGUGUGCUGUUUUUAACUGACAUUUGUCAUUUUAUUAAGAUACAUGAGGGACUCUGGUGCAAUAUAGUGUUUUUAAAUUGGUUUACAUGGACCUUAGGUCAAGUUCUGGUGGCCUGUAUCACAAAGCACGUUAAAUAUAUUUAAAUACUAGUGGUUAGCGCUCCACCCCAUUGCAUGUGAUUAGGUUAAGGGGUUGACCAAUCACAACAGAGCCGGCCAGCUGACCAAUCAGAGCAGACUGGGCUCUGGUUUCAGACAGAGGGUGAAAAGAGCUUUUUAAUCAUUAAAGCAUUGAGACAUGUCACAGUAGAGACACUACAUACUAAUAUGAAGCAGAAUAGAAGGCCUUUAAACAUAACCAGCUAACUAACGGUAAACUCAGUGAUACAGGCCUCCUGAUUUGAGCUCAUUUCUGUCACCUGGAGGAACAAUAGAAAAUACAAUCUUCUCAGGGGACCUUUGUUUUAUUGAAAUGCCACCACAUGAAAUAAAGUGUAAAUAAAUGCAUGUAAUUUAUUUCAACACAAUGUGAAAAGUGUCUUAGUCAGAAAUCUAGGAUUUAAAAGUUAUCCCUUUUUAAAACCCAUGUUCAGUUCGUAGCAGAUUCACAAUGUCAAAUCUGUACACGUGUGCUUUGUUUGGUGAAACUGUAUCUAAGGUCACAGCUUUUUCUGCUCGUAUCGUCCAUUGUUGUGCAAUUGUGCCUGUGUGUCCUGAGCUCUGUAAUAUGUAGCUGCGAUGUCGAAGAGUUACACGUUGUCUAACAGCCAUGAGCGUAUGUGAGAAAAAUGAAUGAAAAGUCAAAAUAAUGCAAUCAUUGAUCAAACUAAAUCUUUUCUUUUCUGAACGUGAACAAAUAACUGUUACCUUUUCAAAGGACAGGCAAUAAAAGCAAAAAUGGAAACCUGAA